GUGAAGAAUGUUAUAAUCCUGUAAAAUUUGAAGUUAAAUUUAGAUCAUGUAGCUCGUGCACUAAAAAAAAGAUAAUUGGUCAAAUAACAAAGCCUGAAAUAGUUGAAAACAUGUGUGGGUACCAGAUACCUGAUUCCAAUUGUAUAAGAAGCAACGAGAAUUGUCGGAAAGUAAGAAGUAAAUUGUUUAAACAAUCAGAAUCAUCAGCGCCUGGCUUGGCUUCCCCAAUAGCUAACCUUGAAAAUGCUAAAUUAAAUGCAGCAGUAAAAGAGUCGAAUUUGAAUGAAGCCCGAAUUGAACUUGAAAAUGCGAAUAGUCAAUGGGACGUUGCGUAUGAAAGGAUGUAUGUAUUGCAAGAAAAUCUGAAUAACUCAAAGACUGCCCUUGAAGAAGUUCAAAAAGAUGUUCAAUCUGAUCUGAAUAUUGGACAAUUUGAGUUGAAUGAUUCUUUAAGUAACAGUUUUAUUAUUAACAAAAUCAGCUUUAACGUUGAUUUGACAAUCCCCGAUAUGACAAUAAUUCCCAUGGAUAUCAGUUACACGUUGUUAAAAGUGCCCAACCGUAUUCGAAUUUUUAUUGACUUCAACAAUCUAAACUACACUAUCGAUAAAGCCGCAGUGUUUUUAGCUAACGAAAUAUUUCGUAACGAUAGUAACACUUUAAGGAAAAAAAGAGAAGUUUACCUUUCUGAUUCAGGCUUCAGUUAUCAUCAAAAACGAGACAUUUCCCCGAUCACCACUCAGCCACAAAUCGAUAGUGUUAACUAUGAUUUCAUGACAGACAAUUUCAAUGUAACUGAUAAUAUAAAGCGUGAUCAGAAAACAGUUUAUACUGAAGAACUAUGUCACAUAUUUACUGAACUUGUGCAGUACAUCGAAUACUCCUUCCAUACGCUGUCGAAUAUUGCAAAAACAUCAUUCAUUGAUCCAUUCGAACCAUCUGAAACUCUUCUUGAUGACUAUGCAUAUAACUUGUCGAAGCCUUUUGCAAUUAGUGUCAACGAAACUGCUGCAAUAGUUUUUUUUAAUUUAACAAGAGGAGAGCUAGAGGAAACAGAUGAUGUACCAUCCGAUGAGUUGGAAUCAGAUGCAUUAUCGAGGGUCAUUUAUUCGGAAAAAAGAAAAGUCAACAGCACGCAGUCUUUGCUUGAAACUGACGAUAUUUUUUCAAGAUGGGAAGCUACAAUGAACAGAUACAUUACCAAUGACAGUCGAAUGUUUGAAUGUAAAACAUUUACUGAUUGCUUAACCUCAGAUAUAGAGCAUCUAAAUAAUAUACUAGAAAAUCGCAUGGGUUAUAAUGAAUUAUCUUCUAUAACAACAUUCACUCAUUCACUCUUGAAUAACGGUGAACUGAGUGUAGAGGAAGCAGAAUAUAGCGCAGUGUUUGUUCUCAAUCAUACAAACUUUUUGACUAAGAAUAAUGACAUAUGUCUGAAAAGUCCUGUCAUUACACGGCACCCGGUGUCACAACUUGUUACUGUUGAAGGAAAUGAUACAGAGAUCGUGUGUCAAGCAACUGGAGAUCCUGCACCAACGUUCAGUUGGACAUUCAAUGGCCGAAUUUUAGACAAUGAAAAUUCAAACACUCUACACAUUCAAGAAGUUUCAAAAUCUGAUUCUGGAGUUUACGUGUGCCAUGCCAGUAAUGAGGUCACUUCUGUGCAGUCGCUACAAUGUAAACUCAUUGUAGAAUAUCCACCAGUUAUAAAUCAACACCCAGAAGAUAGUGACAUUGAUUACGGGAAUCCUGAAGGGGUAUUCUUCGCAUGUAACGCUUCAUCUUUUCCUUUAGCUAACUUCAGAUGGUUCUUCCAAGAAGUAUUAACAUCAGAUUUGACCCUCAUUGAAGGGGAGACUGGCACAGGUCUAGAGAUACUGAGUCCAGGUUUUCAUCAUGGCUGCUGGUACACUUGCGAAGCAUCAAACAAGCACGGAACAACGCUGUCUAAACCAGCAAGACUUACAAUAUUGAACAUAACAAUGCCAGACGUUUCCAGUCGAGUCCUAUGGAUCUAACAUUGUUAGAAGUAGAAAAUUCAACGUAUCUUAAUCAGUCUGUUGCAAGUGCAAUUGAAAAUAUAUUAGAAACUGGUGACAAAAUGUUCAAGGUUUCCUAUCACCCCAAAGAAAACCAAGGGCAAAACUCAAUUCUUACAGAAGUAUCAUUUACACUAGAGCACACCAAUGUAACGUCUAUCGAUCUUCUGAAUGCUAGUAGAGAGGAGGCUGCAUACCAAAUGGCCGAUAAGAUAGAUAGCCUUCGCGUGAAAGCCCUGGCACUGGAUAGUCUUUUUAAACCCGGAGUACAAUUUGAGCAGGAUGGUAAAGCCAUGGAAGUGAUCAGCUUCAAAGUGUAUUAUAAUGGCCCGAUCUGCCCUCCUUCACAGUACGCCGAUGCAAAUGGAUACAUAUGUGUUGACUGCCCACCAGGGUCGUUUAGAAGUAAUGAAAAUCUACCAGCAGCGUGCGAGAUGUGUCCAGAAGGAACUUACCAACCGAAAGCUGGUCAGCUAAGGUGUCUUGAGUGUAAAGGAGAGAGUACCCUAAAUUCAAGAAACUGCCUUCAGCAAUCCACUGAAAAUCCUUCUAUGACCACGACGGAACCGACCACGACCUUCUAUCAACAUAAUAUAACCUCGAAAAGCUACCAUGUCUCCAACAGGCCAACGGUCGACAGUGUUGUUAGCCGAUUAAUAGUGGUACUACCUGUUGUUGGAUCUGUUGCAUUCGUUAUCAUUUCUGUGGUUGUCAUAUUGCUUG